CAAUUUGCAUCAAGGGAACUGACCUCACAGCCCAUUGUUCAUUCAGUGGUGCUAGUUUCAGUCAUUAUGCAAAUGUACUGUUUAUAAGAAAAACCUGCAGUUAACUGAGACUGAAGAACUUGGAAAAGUUAUGAAACGUUUCUCCGACUGAAAAUGCUACGUCCAGAUGAACAGAAUCAAUUUUUUGGGACAAACUUGUGACACACAUCAGCCUCCAGUCAUCUCAGGGAAAACGAUGGUGCAUGGAGCAGUAUGCAUUCCAUGACAGUGAAAAGGAAAUGCACAAGACUUCUUGGAAGUUAGAUAAUGUGAUAAACAAAGGUAACAUUAGAAAUACCAACUCGUAGCUCACACCCGGCUUCUCAGAAUCUUGUCCAAGACAUUUGGAGUGACUGCCGCGAAUCACCAUUAUCAGGAAACACAGGACCACCAUCAUAAUUUCUGCUCCCUUCUCUCCUGAUUGCAAGUGGCAGUAAACAAAGUGGAUAGCUUGCAGUCAUAGUUAAAAGAAAACCCCCUCUGUCAGAUGUUUUUUUUUCUUUUAAUAUCAGAACAUGGUUUUUAAAAAUAAUCUGGUCUUUAGCAGCUUCUAAAAUAAUUUAAAUAUAACCUCAGGUGUAAAAUUGCACACAACAGAUUCCACUGUUUAAUUGUUUAUUUAACAAAAAUGCAAAAUAAAAUAAACAUUUAACAUGUUUAGCUGGUUGAGUAAUGAUGAUCUACUCCAGAGAGGACUAGCAAGUCUUUCCACUAAUGAAUCUCACUACACAAGCAUGAACUUUAAAUAGUUAGAAAAUUAGUCGGUUAACCAAAAGCAUUUGAAUAGAAGCACCUGGCUGCUGCUUUCCUUUUUAAUUCAGCAGUAAGGUGUUUUUAGCGAUUCACUUACACCUUCUGCAUUUGGCUUAGCUUUUCUUAAAUAAUGACAGCACAUUAUUUCAUAUGUUGUUCACCUGAGGUUAUAUCUACCCAAUUGUUUAAAAAAAAAAAUAGACCAGACAAUUUUUAUUAUAUUUUUAUAUGUAAAACCUUAGAAAUGAAAGGUGAUGAUGGGACAAAGCAGUGUCAAUAGGAGGAAAUGCUAAUGGCAGAACACUUGAUCACAGCAUGGACCCAAAGGCCACAUUAAGACAGUAGAACCUAGUGAAUAUGUAAAAUGUUGUCUGGGAUGUCACUGCGCAGAUUUCCCCUGGGGGGCAGGCACAUGUGCUGCUUCAUACUCUUGUUUUAUUGUGUCACCAAGCCAGUGAGAAAGUCACUGUCUGAACAGAGCCUUAUCCCUUGUACUUUCAGAUGCAAUGACUGGAGUGGAUAUAGCAAAUCCAAAUCACAGUUUCUGUACUGCAAAGAUAAUGCAGCCCAGAGCCUCUGACAUGGUCUCCUUGUUGGAGAAGAACUUAAAUUCUGCAUGGUAUGAUAAACUAAGGGCUUGAGGUCAGUCAAGAAUGACAGAUUCCCUUCAAGUGCAUUUGUAAGGCUGGAAAAAACCUGGAGAUGAAUGCCAUACCAAUAUUUCUACAGCUAAGGUCCAUUCUCCUUUUGAGCUGCCACAGGUCCCUGUUCAAGACCCUGCAGGGAGUAGGGAACCAGACUGUUGAUGGACACUUGGGUGCCACCAAGAGGACCCUGAGCUCUGUCUGACCCUGUGAAACAUUAUUGAAGGAAUCAGGGGGAAAGCAUAAAGAAGGUGGUGUUGGUGAAAGCAUCCAACACCAGGUCUUUCCAUGUGAAAACAAAUUUCCUGAUUUAAGUUUCAAGAAAUACACAAAGAUACUAACUCCAUGUGACAUUUCAUCGGAUCCAUUUGAACCUCAUGAAGGAUAUUAAAUGGUAAAUAUUCAGUUUUUGAUCCUGCUGAUUAAAGACUGUUCAGUGUGGGGUUUUAUUAUUCGCCACAGUCUCAGUGAAAUGAAUAAAUAUAAUUAGAUAUGGAAUCAUUGUUUCCUAGUACCUGCUACCAAAGCUCACGCUUAAGCCUAAGUCAUUUCUUUAUCAUUUUUUAGCUGUUAUUUUACACUGUUUCAAAUCAAAGGUCCUGAAAUGUCUUCCUUGUAAACUUACAUGUUGUAACAAUAAAUUUUUGCAGUACUUUUAACAGGAAAGUUGAAGUGAAUGAAAAUUAAGCCUGAAUAAUAAUUUUAAAGAAGGAAAUAAAAAUAUGGAUUCUGAAAUAAUGUGUUACAGACUUUCUCCUUGCAGUCCAUAUUUUAAUAAGGUAAAUGAAUGUCUCCUUCAAGCUCUACAGAGACAAAGUUGCAUUGAUUGGGCCACAUGUUGUACUUCUAAAGCUACUUUUGAAUCAGGCAGAGCUUUUUUUUCCAUUUCAUUUUUUAUUUUGUUUCACACGUGGUACAGCAGUAAUUCAUUUCCUAUACACAAACCGUCCUUUCAAAGGUCACACUGUUUUUGAACAGAACUCCCACAAAUAUCAGCUUCUAGAUUAUCCACACGACCAAUCACAGCCUGAGAGCACAACUGUGAGCCAACCACAGCUUUAGACUGAUAGGUUGCAGCUUGAGGUAAUGAAACUUCACCUGUUUAGAUGUUUGGUGGUUCCCUCUCAGCUAAGCAAGAGAACACUUAAUUAGCAUGAAAUCAGCUUUGAGUCACAAGAAGCCUGCAAAAAAGAGGUAAUAAGAAUAAGGACAAAAUAAAGAACAAGCAAAGGUUAGAUACCGUAAACGGUGUCAUUUUAGGAAGGAUGGCGUGUGGGAAAAAACCAGUGUCACUGGUCAUUAAAGAAAACAUUGAAAUGAAAGUGUUUUCUUCCAAGGAGCCCUGUAAGGUCUUGAUAACACAGGAGGAAGAGGAGGAAUACAGCGUUCACCAGCGAUACAUGGCGAGUCCUCUGUUCUCCGACUCCGAGGAAGCCCCUGAGCAGCAGGUCCAAACUCAACCCAGACACCAGGCUGAAACAGAUUCCCCAGACCAGGAAGAACCUCACUGCUCUGCUGUGGUCUGCAAACAAGAAGUAGAGAUAGAGCUGGAGGUGAUUCCUUCUAUCAGAAAGUCAAAGAGUCAUCCAGCAAUGCCAUAUUCUAACAAAGCUGGUCAUCUCAAAUGGAAGAGACUGAUUCCUCAGAAGAAAAGACUGGUGGUUAAAGACGUGGUCUGUUUACCCAGAGGACACUCUAUGUCACAGCUGGACAGACAAAUAGUUCCAAAGAAUAAAGACCAAGCAGCUCUGGAAGCCAUGAUGAUGACUGCUCGCAUCACCAUUGACCACAGCUGGUCAGCCACUCAGGUGAAGGGUCGACUGGCGAUGCUCUUUCAGGGGCACUUUGUAAAACAGGCAGGACAAAAGUUUUCAUUUACAUAUCUGCAGUGUGUGCAGAGCUCCAGAGUGCUGUUUGUCCCCGACACCCCUUCAGAGGGCUGGACUGGAGAGCAGGUCCUCAGGAUCUCUGAACAUGGUGCUUUAUAUAUCCUGAGCCACCACGACUACUCAGAGACAGAAUCUGAAGGGUCAGCAAGUGAGACACUUGUGGUAAAAAGCACAGACAGCUGCCAAGAUGGUAAAAGUGAGCUAAUAAUCAAGCCUAGCAUCUGCAGGGAUACAAAGAAGUCCACUGUUGACCUGGACACCAUCCUGAGAGCGUUCAGACAGGAGAACGUAGAUCCAGGACUGAAAACUCACAUCCAGGUGAGGCGGACAGAUCUACUCCACGGCGCUCUGGAGGUGGUGAGGAGGCCCGACUUCUGCUUCAGGGCGACGCCUGUUAUCUCCUUCAGUGGAGAAGAGCCCGACAGCCGCGAGGCCCCUGUCAGGGAGUUUUUCAGGCUGAUGCUGCUGGAGCUGCAGCACAGCUGUGUGUUUGAGGGUCUUCCAGGAAGUCUGUUCAUGACCUGCAACUUCACAGCUCUUGAGGAGAGGAAGUACUAUGAAGCUGGGGUUCUCAUUGGCUGGUCGCUGGCUCAGGGUGGGCCUGGACUUUGUUGCCUUCACCCUGCAUUGUAUCAGGUGAUGUGUUGCCACAGUAUAACAUUAGAAGACUUCAACUGGCGGGACAUUAUUGAUACCGAAGUCCAAAUCCAACUGAAAGAGCUACAUAGUUGUACUGAUGUAAAGCUGCUGUCUCCCAGUCUGUGCGACUGGGUGUCACGCUGUGGGAUCCCUGAGAUCUGUUCAGCCAAUUCGGAUGAAAUGCCAGCCAUUUAUAGUCGCCUGGUAAAACACUACAUCUACGACAGGGUGACUAAAAUGAUCUCCCAGUUUACUGAGGGGCUGAAUAGCUGUGGUGGGCUGUGGGACAUGGUUCAGUCCCACUGGGAAAUUUUUGCCCCAGUUAUGACGAGUGCACCGCAGCAGCCUCUGAGUCUGGAAGAGUUCAAGCAGCUUUUUACCAUCAGCUUUAGCACUUCAGAUGCCCAACUGAGGGCAGAUGAGGAGGCCACAGCUGGACACUGGGAAACAAUCCUCACUUUAGUGCGUGACGGCAAGGCAGAGUUUUCCUUUGAAGACCUCCUCACCUUCAUCACAGGAGCUGACCGUUUGCCUCCUCUUGGCUUCCCCAGAUUCAUCUCUCUGUGUUUUUACUCUCAGGAUGCCAGCAUGCAAGAUUUGCGCCUGCCUCAUGCCACCUCCUCUUCUCUGGAGCUCUACCUGCCAAGGGGAGUGGCUGGGGCUGUGGACCUGCUGGCCCUGUUAAACAGAGCUGUGCACAAGGUGCUGCGAGACGGAGAGGACAACUGAAGAGAAGUGAUGAUGAGAUUAUGAAGAGAAUUCCCUCUCACUGGAGAUUAAACGUUUCUGUGUGAUGUUAACAACAUGACUAAAAGGACGCAAUUUGCUCUGUGUGCACUUUGGUGCUGGUGACACGAUGCUGUAGAUUAGACCAGUGUUUGUAUUUUGUAAAGACCUCAGUCUGAUGGUUUUAAACCGUGUGGUGUUUAUAAUAGAACCUGUGCGCAUUUUUUGAUAAGUAGAAUCAUGUAUUUUAAAAGAACGGGAAGGAAUGGUACUCAACACACAAGGUCUUAGAUGUUUUUGGCAGGGCCAAGUCAGAGUUGAUGGAUCCAUGUUGAGUUUAUUUGUUGAUGCAGAUAAGGUGUGUGUGUUUUCUUUCAUUAAUUAUUAAAAUGGCACUUACGAAGAGCACAUUUAACAUUGAAUAGCAAUCUAUGUUUUCACUUUCUCUUGUAUUUUCUAACAGCUGUUGUUGUUGAUAUUCUGUAUAUGGGUAUAAAUCUGCUUUAAAUUCACAAGUUGAAUAAAGUUUCAUUUAAAAAGAAUUCUGAAAGAAUAAAUGAUACAAAGAAUGGCCAUUACAAAUGGUUAUCUCUUUAUUCAGAAUAAUCAGAAUCGGAUAUAUUUCUGUGUAUAUGAGACUUUAGUAGCAAGAGUGACAAGUUUAUAAAAUUUAGUCACAGUUUAAAGUACAGUACAAAUCAGCAGACAUACAAAAACAAAUUCUGAAAAACAGAUUUGAUUCUAAUACCACAAAGGGGAAAAAGUGUGUUGUUGGUCAGUAAUAUCUGAAAACUGAUUUAUUUUCUUCAUUAGGGUGCAGUAUUUAUGCACCAACGGUAAUAAUUUUCCUUGUUUUCCAUGUGGAAAAGCCGAGUUAACAAGAAUCUGUUACGGAAAUUUAAUUAAAAUCUAUUGACACGGUGAGCAGUAAGCUAACACCUUUCAACACCUGUGGAAUUCUCACCCACUGAGUGUCACCCACUUUCUCAGAGGCCUAGCUGUGUGUGCAGUACAAUUAAUGCUUUUCCGGAUCUGUACUUUUAAAUGAUAUUUCUAAAACAUGUAACCAAUAAAUAAAAUAUUCUUUUUGUUUCAAAGCAUAUAAAUUAUUUG